AUGCCCAAACUUUUGUUUUCAAAGGUUCGCUUAUAUGAAAUCCGGGAUCUGAUGCAAAACGUCAAGAGACCCAGAAGGAUUGAUAUUGUUCUCAAUCGAAGGAGGCGUAAGAAGGACGUCCAAGACCUGAUGGUGCAGAAAAUAAGUGAUGAGCCAUCUUCUUUGAAAUUCAGUUGUCAGACGGAGAAUAAACUCAGCCUAACCCUGGAGAAACUGUUACGGGAUAAAAAGUAUUUAGCAGCUUUCCAAACUUUCCUGGAGUCGGAGUUCAGUGAGGAAAACAUCAAGUUCUGGCUGGCGUGUGAGGACUUCAGGUCGACCGCCUCACAGGAUGAUCUUCGCUGGAAAGCAGAGGAGAUCUACACCGAGUUCAUCCAGCCGAUGGCCUGCAGAGAGAUCAACGUUGACCACUACAUCAGGGAGAAUAUCAAAAGGUCCUUGGAGAACCCGAGCAUGUCCUGCUUCGACGAGGCCCAGAAACACGUGUACCUGCUGAUGGAGAGAGACUCCUGCCCCAGAUUCCUGAACUCUGACGCCUACCUGAGCCUAACCCGCAAAUCCAGAACUAUGUGGUACAUUUAG